AUGUACAACGGCCGUACAGAUCUUAUGGAACACAUAAGUCACUUCAACCAAAGAAUGUCUAUACACUCUAAGAAUGAAACCUUGAUGUGCAAGGUAUUUCCAUCUAGCUUGGGGCCUGUGGCUAUGAGGUGGUUUGAUGGUUUAAGUGCAAGUUCUAUUGGCUCCUUCAAGGAGCUCACCCGAGCAUUUGUGUCUCGUUUUAUUACGUGUAGUAGGGUUCCUCGGCCCGUAGAUUCUCUAUUGUCCAUGUCCAUGCGAGAAGAUGAGACCCUGAAAACGUACUUGGAUAGAUACUGGGAGAUAUUUAACGAGAUUGAUGGGGAUUUUGAUGACAUGGUUAUAAGGACCUUCAAGGUCAACCUGCCCACAGAGCAUGAUUUAAGAAAAUCUUUGACCAAGAAGCCGAUAAAGAGCGUGCGUAAACUCAUGGACCACAUUAAUGAAUACAAGAGAGUGGAGGAAGACUAA